GAGACGGUGGACUUCAGCGAGCUGAGUCUGGAGGAGGUCAUCGGGGUGGGCGGGUUCGGGAAGGUCUACCGAGGAACCUGGAAGGGCGAGUUGGUGGCGGUGAAAGCGGCCCGUCAGGACCCAGACGAGGACAUCAGCGUCACGGCCCAGAACGUCCAGAAUGAAGCCAGGCUCUUCGCCAUGCUCAAGCACCCCAACAUCAUCGCGCUCAUAGGCGUUUGCCUGCAGGAGCCCAACCUGUGCCUGAUCAUGGAGUACGCUUCGGGCGGCCCGCUGAGCCGCGCUCUGGCCGGACGACGGAUCCCGCCGCAUGUUCUGGUCAACUGGGCGGUGCAGAUCGCCCGCGGGAUGCAGUACCUGCACAACGAGGCCAUCGUCCCCGUCAUCCACCGAGACCUCAAGUCCAACAACA